AAAGAGGUCGAAAAUAAAUAUGUCAAACAGCAACAGUACAUUGGAUAAAUACUAUUUACAGUUUUUUGAAUGUAGAUGUAUAAAGACGAUAGUUUUUAUAAUAUAAUGUGAUUUAUACCAAAACUACAAACGUACUAUUAUUUAUCAAACACAAAUUAAGAUGGAUUUUGACAAAACAUGUAGAAUUUGCCUUGAAUCCGACCAAAAAGAAAAAUACGACAUUUACACAAAUAUUUAUGUUAAAACUAAUACUUUAUACGUCGAAAUGCUUGUAAAUUGUACAAAACUCAAUCCAUGUAAAGAUGAUGGAUUACCCAAGUUAAUCUGCAAAGAUUGUACCAGACAGCUUAAACGUGCAUAUACAUUCAAUAUGCAAUGCGAAGAGAGUGAUAAAAAAUUAAGAUCACAUUUAAAACAUAAGCAAAAAAAUGGAUGGAACGAAGUCACUGGCGAUUGUAAUAUCAAGGUUGAGAAUUCUAGUGAAAAUGUCAAUGGUGAUAUUGCCAAUGUACUACAAAAUACAGUUAAAUCUGUUGAAGAUCUGAUCAAAUCAGAUGAUGCUAUUAAAUUAGAACCAGAGUACAAAGUUGAAGAUGAAGAUAGUUGGGAUGCUGACGAUGAUAAUUUGCUACUCAAAGAACUCAAAUCUAAAAGAGAAUCUAUAGAUGAUGUAAAUGGAGAUCUACCUAAAAAGAAAAGGGGAAAACGAAAGAAAAAUGAUGAAAAUAUAACAGAUGAGAGACACGUGCCAGAGAGCAAGUUGCCUCAUCAAUGUGAAGUUUGCGGCAAAUUCCUAAGUACAAAGAGUAAUUUGAAAGCACACAAAAUCUGUCACAGCGAUCUACGACCUUAUAAAUGCGAUAAAUGCCCUUCUUCAUUUAGGUAAGUAAUAUGUAGUUAGAGAAUUGUGAAUGCAGAUUUUUUUUAUUA